AUGACAACCUUCACUUUCACCAUUUUCAAUUGCUUCUUCAUUAUACUCCGAAUCACUCCAACAAUUUCAUCUCAAACAUAUUCCGGCAACCAAGGCCAAUGGCGACUCCUGCAAUCCUCCAUCGGCAUCUCCGCCAUGCACAUGCAGCUCCUCCACAACAACAAGGUAAUCAUGUUCGACCGCACCGACUUUGGGGCCUCCAACAUCUCCCUCCCAGGCGGCAAGUGCCGCGAGGACCCCAAUGACACCGCCUUGCAACGAGACUGCACCGCCCACUCCGUCCUCUACGACAUAGGCCAAAACACCUUCCGUCCACUCACCAUCCAAACCGACCCUUGGUGCUCCUCCGGCGCCGUCCUCCCCGACGGAACCCUACUCCAAACCGGAGGAUACAAUGACGGCGACCGCUCGUUGAGAACAUUCUCUCCAUGCAAUGACGAGAAGUGUGAUUGGAACGAAGAACCAAACUACUUACUAACACGUAGAUGGUAUGCCAGUAAUCAAAUAUUACCGGACGGAAGAAUUAUCAUAGUUGGAGGAAGAAGACAAUAUAACUACGAGUUCUACCCUCGUGGCAGUUCUUCCUCUACCAUCUGGCUUGAGCAUUUGAGACAAACCCGAGACCAGAGAAUCGAGAACAACUUGUAUCCAUUUCUACAUCUCUUGCCCGACGGAAACUUGUUUAUCUUUGCCAACACAAAGGCUAUACUCUUCGACUACAAGCGAAACGCCGUCGUUAAGGAGCUCCCGGAAAUACCAGGUCAAGACCCACGUAACUACCCGAGCACUGGUUCUUCGGUCUUGCUUCCUUUGGAUGAGAACCAACCCUUCCUCCAAGCGGAGAUAGUCGUCUGCGGCGGCGCGCCACGUGGCUCGUUCGUGCUUGCGGAGAAUGGGACGUUUCAGAAGACGCUUGGCACGUGCGGGAGGAUCAACAUGAAUCAUGCAAACCCUAACUGGGUCAUGGAGGACAUGCCUGUACCUAGAGCUAUGGGUGACAUGCUUAUUUUGCCAAACGGAGACGUACUUAUCUUAAACGGCGUUGGACUUGGCACCGCCGGUUGGGAGCUCGGGCGGAACCCGGUGACCACACCGGUCAUUUAUCGUCCUUCCGAGCUCCCUGGACGGCGGUUUAGGGUUAUGGCCGAGUCAAAUCGACCGAGGCUGUACCAUUCGUCGGCCGUUUUGGUCACGGACGGCCGUGUUUUAGUAGGAGGAAGCAACCCGCAUGUGGGCUACAACUUCACCGGCGUGGACUACCCGACGGACCUGAGCUUGGAGGCGUUUUCUCCGCCGUAUUUGGCCAGGGACUACGAAACUGUGCGUCCCAGAAUCGUGUCAGUACUGGAGAAUAUCGGGUACAGAGAGCAGUUUUCAGUUGCGUUCGCGGUGCCUGAGUACGUGCACUCAAGUGUGGUAUCGGUUACGUUGGUUGCGCCGUCGUUUACGACGCACUCUUUUGCUAUGAACCAGAGAAUGGUGGUGAUGAAGUUGGGGGAAGUUAGAGAGUUGUCGUUGGAUACGUAUGAGGUUGCGGUGAUGGGGCCGUCGGCGAAGGAGAUUGCACCACCGGGUUAUUAUUUGUUGUUUGUGGUACAUGCUGAUAUACCUAGUUCAGCUAUGUGGGUGAAGUUGCAGUGA